UGAUUUUUCUCAUUGUUUGAUGAAGGUUUAUUAUGGGUAAGGAAAAGGUUCACAUCAACAUUGUGGUGAUUGGCCAUGUCGACUCAGGAAAGUCGACCACCACUGGUCACCUGAUCUACAAGCUUGGUGGUAUUGACAAGCGUGUUAUUGAGAGGUUUGAAAAGGAGGCUGCUGAGAUGAACAAGAGGUCAUUCAAGUAUGCCUGGGUGUUGGACAAGCUCAAGGCUGAACGUGAACGUGGUAUUACUAUUGAUAUUGCCCUGUGGAAGUUUGAGACUACCAAGUACUACUGUACUGUCAUUGAUGCUCCUGGACAUCGUGACUUUAUUAAGAACAUGAUUACUGGUACCUCACAGGCUGACUGUGCUGUGCUCAUUAUUGAUUCCACCACUGGUGGUUUUGAAGCUGGUAUUUCCAAAGAUGGUCAGACCCGUGAGCAUGCAUUGCUUGCUUUUACCCUUGGUGUCAAGCAAAUGAUUUGCUGCUGUAACAAGAUGGAUGCCACUACCCCUAAGUACUCAAAGGCAAGGUAUGAUGAAAUUGUCAAGGAAGUCUCCUCCUAUUUGAAGAAGGUUGGUUACAACCCAGAUAAAAUCCCAUUUGUUCCCAUAUCUGGAUUUGAGGGUGACAACAUGAUUGAGAGGUCCACCAACCUUGACUGGUACAAGGGUCCUACCCUCCUUGAGGCCCUUGACCAGAUCAAUGAGCCUAAGAGGCCCUCAGACAAGCCACUCCGUCUUCCACUUCAGGAUGUCUACAAGAUUGGUGGUAUUGGAACUGUUCCUGUUGGACGAGUCGAGACUGGUGUCUUGAAGCCUGGUAUGGUUGUGACUUUUGGGCCAACUGGAUUGACAACUGAAGUUAAGUCUGUGGAGAUGCACCAUGAAGCUCUGCAGGAGGCCCUGCCAGGUGACAAUGUUGGUUUCAAUGUGAAGAAUGUUGCUGUCAAGGAUCUCAAGCGUGGUUAUGUCGCUUCCAACUCCAAGGAUGAUCCUGCCAAGGAAGCUGCCAACUUCACCUCUCAGGUCAUCAUCAUGAACCACCCUGGCCAGAUUGGAAACGGCUAUGCUCCAGUGCUCGAUUGCCACACCUCCCACAUUGCAGUGAAGUUUGCUGAGCUAUUGACCAAGAUUGAUAGGCGAUCUGGUAAGGAACUUGAGAAGGAGCCCAAGUUCUUGAAGAAUGGUGAUGCUGGUAUGGUUAAGAUGGUUCCCACUAAGCCCAUGGUUGUGGAAACUUUCUCUGAGUAUCCUCCACUUGGUCGUUUUGCUGUGAGGGACAUGCGCCAGACCGUUGCAGUUGGUGUCAUCAAGAGUGUUGAGAAGAAGGAUCCCUCAGGUGCCAAGGUCACCAAGUCUGCUGCAAAGAAGAAGUGAAGAUCUAUGUUUAGGAGAUCUACUACAGUUAGACUAGUUUUGUCUGUUAUUGGCGCUUUUCAAUUUUGUUUUGGUUAUUUUGGUACUUUUGGCGGACAGUUUUUAAGGUUUGCAUUACAGUCCUCUAGCCUCUUACCCGAGGAUAGUGGAGUAGCUGAGCAUUCAGAUGCAAUUCUGGUUGUUUGGCAGGCUGUGAUGGGAGCUCUGCUUUAUCUUAUUGGUUUUGAUUUUUAUAGCAUUGUGAUGAGUUAGUCCAUGGUUGUUGAACAGCUUCAUUUUAAUGUUGAACUGUUAUAUUUUAGUAUUUCUUUCUGUUAAAUGUCUAGCUUUGGUAUUUUUGUGCCUUGUGCCGCAUUAUAUGUAUGAUUGUUGGUUUGUGA